UUUUUUUUUUUGCCUUUCUUUGGAACUUUUAAACUCGAUGAUAUAGGAUGCUACGAAAAUAGAUUUAUAUGCUGCUUGGUUUUCUGAGGAUGUCUUGAGGGUUGGAGUAACGGUGGCUGACUUGGUCUUUACUUAUGCUUAUAUUUGUAUGUGUGUCAACCACUGUUCAUAUUUUUGUUGUACGCGGCUGCUACUCGCUCUUGUUUUUUAUUAAUUGGGUACUCACAAUACUCAGAAAAUAAGGCUAAAGUGCUAAGUUUUCCCUUUUGGCUACACAUUUUUGACAUAUUGUGUGGGUUAGCACCUCGUGCGAAGAGAAUCAGACUGCCAAAUUGUUUUCUUUAAAUGCUACUUGGAAAAACAUUACCGCUCUAGGUGCAAUUAGGAAGAUGGAAAUUCUUCCCGAAUUUGAGAGAGCAAGAGAAGGAUGUGCGGAAUAGCAGUUUUUAAGGAGGGGAUGUCUUGGAAUGUCCAUCAAGGAAAGAGUUCUGCAGCUAGUUUGCUUGAUAUGGUGAAUCCGAUCAAGUAUAGCAGCAUUUCAUCGGGAUUCUCCGCACUUUGGAGAGAACAGGGGCCAUCUUCUCUUUGGAGAGGUUGGUCUGGCAAGUUCUUUGGAUAUGGUGUUCAAGGCGGCUGCAAAUUUGGACUUUAUGAAUACUUUAAGGGGCUUUACUCAAAUGUUUUGGUAGAUCAAAACAGGACUUUCAUAUUCUUUCUCAGUAGUGCAUCAGCACAAGUAUUUGCUGAUGUGGCUCUCUGUCCUUUUGAAGCCAUAAAAGUUCGUGUUCAGACGCAGCCCAAUUUUGCCAAGGGUUUGGUUGAUGGAUUUCCAAAACUUUAUAGAACUGAAGGGUUUGCUGGCUUCUACAAGGGACUUUGUCCACUUUGGGGCCGCAAUGUUCCAUUCUCUAUGAUAAUGUUCUCAACAUUUGAGCAGUCAGUGGACUUUAUUUAUAGAAGUAUCAUUCAAAAGAGAAAAGAAGAUUGUUCCAGAGCUCAACAACUUGGUGUCACAUGCUUAGCAGGGUAUGCAGCUGGAGCAGUUGGUACUGUAGUCUCUAACCCAGCUGAUGUCAUAGUUUCUUCUCUUUACAACAAAAAGGCUGAAAAUGUUUUGCAGGCUGUUAAAAAUAUUGGGCUUUUUAAUCUUUUUACAAGAAGUCUUCCUGUUCGCAUAACACUUGUGGGACCUGUUGUUACUCUGCAAUGGUUCUUUUAUGACACCAUCAAAGUGCUGUGUGGACUGCCUACUAGUGGAGGACUUAACAGACCACUACGAGAAGCCAAUGUAUCAUCUUAAGCUCGUUGGAGGAAAAUCUGCAGUUCCAUCAGGCCAAGUUCUACAAACAUAAAAAGUUAAUGAUCCCUGCAGUGUGGGCAUAUUAUACGUGCUGAUUUUAGAGAUGUCAGAAGUUUAUUUACGCCCAUCUUAAUGUGUACCAUCUAUUAUAAAAGUUUCAACAUGUCAUAAAAUCGUUCUUUCCAUUCUCUUUCCCCUCCUUUUUUUAUUUGGAGGGGUGUCAUACUUUGUUUUGUCAGGAGAGAAUGCUUGUCACACUUCCAUACCACAUACACACGAAGUCAUGGCUGCGAUUAAGGGUUCUAGUGACUCUCGACUAGUUGUAUGACAGCAUAUUUAAUAGUAGUUAACAUUUUAUGAUCCUA